AUGGAAACACCAACUUAUACUUAUGAUGAUGAUGAAGAAGACGAGUUCGAAGACGAGUAUCUGAUACUAAAGCCCUCAGAGUGGUUCCCAAAGCUAGUAUCUUUACAAGCUGAUUUGAUUUACAACUCCCUCAUGGUUCUGUUUCGCCCCAUAAUCUCCCUCUUCUCAUUCGCCUACGAGUCUUACCACCAAGCCGAGAAGGCCAAGGUCACCGUCGAGUCAGCCGUCCAAAAUGCCCCCUCCACCAUCACACACGGCGCAGUCCUCCUCUUCAAGAAGCUCGGCUUCGGAGUUCUCGGGGCCGCCUAUGUCUGCAUGGUCAUGUUCAUGCUUUUGAUUCUGGCCACAAUUGUUGGAAUUGCUGCGGUGCGGCACUGGCUGGAGGAGCCUGUGGUUGUUAGGGAGAUGUUGCACUUUGAUUACACGCAAGCUAAUCCCAAGGCGGUGUUUGUGUUUGGAGGAUCAGGAUCACUUCAGGGUUUAGCUGCUGGGAGUGGUAUUAACUACUUCAAGACUAUUAGCCGCAACAAGCGUAUGCCUGUUGGGGUUCCUGUUGGACAUACUUAUACUGUCUCUCUCGAGCUUUUGAUGCCGGAAUCUGAUUUUAAUAGGGCCAUUGGUGUGUUUCAGAUGACUGCAGAAGUAUUAUCAGCUGACGGUGAUGUGAUUGCAAAGUUGAGCCAGCCAUGUAUGCUACGAUUUAGAAGCCUCCCAAUUCGACUCACAAGAACAUUUCUUAUGGGCGUACCUCUGAUACUAGGCAUUUCUGGAGAGACGCAGAAAAUAACAGUACAAAUACUGAGGCACAAGGAAGUGACUUAUCCAAGAACCCAAGCAAUAAGAAUAACAUUAAGUCCAAGAGCCGGUACCUCAUAUCUUCCGCAGUUGUAUGAGGCUGACAUCAUUCUGAAUUCACAGCUGCCUUGGACAAGGCAAUUGGUGCACGGUUGGAGAUGGACGCUCUACGUCUGGGCGUCUUUCUAUUUUUACGUUAUGUUCCUAAUAACGUAUGUAACAUGUUGUAGACCACACUUGUCACCAGUGAAAAUGAUCACAACUGUGGUGAAUGUUGCUAAUCAUGCUAUUCGUUAUGGAUCAACAAGUGAUCAUGUUCAAAGAGAUACAGAAGUACCACGGCGAAGACCCCUUCGAGUGCCUAAACCGGCCACAACGACUAGGAGUAAAGAUGAUUUUGACCAAAAUGAGGAUAUAUCAGAAUUGUUGAGUAAGUGGCGGCGGAGCAGAACGAAAAGGAAGGCAAUCUAUUUGCAAACAGAUAUGCCAAGUGAGACUGUUGGCACCUCAUCUGCACCAUCAACGAUCAGUAUGAGUACUAGAGAUGAUGAUAGUACAGUAGCUACGGAAGAAGAUGUUGGGGACUCGGAAUCAGUGUGUACCUAG